ACCUUGGGAAAGGUGUUGAAAGUGAUUGUCGUCAUGCGGAGCCUGUUCAUUGAUCGAACGAUAGUAAAGGGCUAUAAUGAAAACGUCUACACAGAAGAUGGCAAGCUUGAUAUAUGGUCCAAAUCCAACUAUCAAGUAUUCCAGAAGGUGACCGACCACGCCACCACUGCCCUGCUGCACUACCAGCUGCCGCAGAUGCCAGAUGUGGUGGUCAGAUCCUUCAUGACCUGGCUGAGAAGUUACAUAAAGCUGUUCCAGGCCCCGUGCCAGCGCUGCGGGAAGUUUCUGCAAGACGGCCUUCCCCCGACGUGGAGGGACUUCCGAACCCUCGAAGCCUUCCACGACACCUGCCGGCAGUAGCGCCGCCCCAGUCCCAGCCCCACCCCUGGGUCUGUGCCGGCCUGCAGACACCCACCCAGCAGCUUCCUGGCCGAGCAUGAAGUCCGUGGAUGGCUCAGCCUGUUCCCACCGCCCAGACGUCAGUACAGCCACUCCCGCCCUGUCCUCCAGGUGUGGUGUGUGCCGAGGCCUACCCUCCUGGAGAGCGGGACCCACCUCUGUGGUUGAGGGGACUGAUCACACCUGUCAGGCAGUGGCUCAAAGGUGAAGAAGACCUUCCUAGAACAAGGAAGCCACGCGGCGUGUUCUUCGUCCAUACACGCUGGCAAUGCCGGUGAGCGGGCCCGCCCUACUCUGCAUGACGUCAUUCCUGUGAGCUGUUCCUGGCAUGAGCCCCUGUGUUGAUGGAUAUGGUCAUGCAGGACUCUUGUGGGUUUUUGUAACUUAUUUUGGUAACCAAUAAACCUUUCGUACCCAGGA